CAAGAGAGGAAAAGCCACGUAAAGCAGCGGCACCUUGGGGAAAACGUUGAGGUAAAGCGGUUGUAGCUUGUCCAAGCUGUAAUCACAGUAAGCUCCAAGAGACUCAGUGAGUCAGAACUUCAGAAACGGAUGCUUAGAGCGGCAGCGCUUCGGUUAAGCGCUAUCAUCACCAUGCCUUCUUCAAUCUCUCUCAGAAACCCUAACUUCCUCAUUUCUUCAACUUCCACAACGCUCUUUCGCUCUCGCCUUCUUCCCUCCCACACCCUCUCCUUCUCCAAUCGCCUCUCGCUCCGAUGCUUCGCUGCACGCGCCGCCUUCGACCGACUUCCCGUUCUCAAUCCCAUCGUCGAAAUGGACGGUGAUGAAAUGACCAGGAUUAUAUGGAGCAUGAUCAAGGAUAAACUUAUAUUUCCUUACCUGGAUUUGAACAUAAAGUAUUUUGAUCUUGGACUUCACAAUCGUGAUGCUACUGAUGACAAAGUUACGGUGGAAAGUGCUGAAGCCACUCUCAAGUACAACGUUGCUGUGAAAUGUGCAACAAUAACUCCUGAUGAGGCCCGAGUCAAAGAAUUUGGACUGAAGUCUAUGUGGAGAAGCCCCAAUGGCACAAUCAGGAAUAUUUUAAAUGGCACUGUUUUCCGUGAACCAAUAAUAUGCCGCAACAUACCGAGAAUCAUUCCUGGAUGGAAAAAACCCAUAUGUAUUGGUAGGCAUGCUUUUGGUGACCAGUAUCGUGCCACUGAUGCAAUAAUUGGAGGACCAGGGAAGCUCAAAUUGGUAUUUGUCCCAGAAAAUGGUGAUGCUACAACGGAGCUUGAAGUUUACAAUUUCAAAGGACCUGGAGUAGCACUUGCUAUGUAUAAUGUUGAUGAGUCCAUUCGAGCAUUUGCUGAAUCAUCAAUGGCACUAGCUUUUGCAAAGAAAUGGCCUCUUUACUUGAGCACCAAAAACACAAUUCUAAAGAAAUAUGAUGGCAGGUUUAAGGAUAUAUUCCAGGAAGUGUAUGAAGAAAGGUGGAAGAUAAAGUUUGAAGAGCACUCAAUAUGGUAUGAGCAUAGGCUAAUUGAUGACAUGGUAGCAUAUGCAGUCAAGAGUGAAGGUGGAUAUGUUUGGGCUUGCAAGAAUUAUGAUGGUGAUGUCCAAAGUGAUUUACUAGCUCAAGGAUUUGGCUCAUUGGGUCUCAUGACUUCUGUACUGUUAUCUUCUGAUGGCAAGACGUUAGAAGCUGAGGCAGCUCAUGGAACUGUAACUCGACAUUUCCGGCUUCAUCAAAAGGGACAAGAAACUAGUACAAACAGUAUUGCUUCCAUAUAUGCUUGGACACGAGGACUGGAACACAGAGCCAAGUUGGAUAAUAAUGAAAAAUUACUGGAUUUUACUAAAAAAUUGGAGGCUGCAUGUGUUGAGACUGUGGAGUCGGGAAAGAUGACUAAGGAUCUUGCAAUUCUGAUUCAUGGACCUAAUCAUUGGAUCCAUUUCCUAGUUCGGUUCGAGAAUCUCUCCCCUAUUCCAUUCCAAAGAGUAACUAGGACCAAUUCAGGUAUCAAGGGAAUUUUACUUGAAUACAGAGGAAUUUAUUGAUGCUGUGGCACAUAAUCUUGAGACAAAGCUCCAAGAUCCUGUAGCGGUGGUUUGAUGGAAGGAAAAGCACAUGUUGGAAAUUGAGUGGUGUUUUAUUUUUUAAGCCCAAUGAUAAUGAUGUUGGUUGGAUUCAUGGUCCCUAGAAUGUCAGAAACUUUAAUUAUUUGGAAGGGGGUUGUCCUCACAAUUUCAUUUUUGAUUCUUUGUCUUUUGUCCUCUGCACUCCUGUCCCAUUCUUGCAUACCACCAUCAAAGCAAUAAAACGGUAAAAUUCCAGAGGAUGGUCCAGCAAAAUUUGGAAACUUCAGUUUUCUGGUGAGAAAGAAUGCAGGUUUUCAAUAUCAUGCUUUCUCUUUCUAUUAACCCUUUGUCAUCUUUUAGGGAGGAAUGUCACUUAUAUGCCUUCUAACGCACUGUUUUCGUUCCGUGAAAUUGAUUGAAACUUGCAAAAUUCUGAGUCGUUAUGCAUACAUAUGUUUUUUGUUCUUUGAAAGUUCAUAAA